UUCCCUUUGUCAGAGAACUCACUUCCGUUUUCAUGUUUGGUCCAGGUCUCUGGGAUUUACUGUCUAUUCAGAUUUUGACCUAUCUGGCGCUUUGUGAAACAUCAGUACUGGUUUAGUGUUUUGGCGAGGGAGCUAGUGAAAGGUCCUCCGUUUCAACCUGCCUACACCCUGAGUCUUUUAUUCUGUUGAGUCCCUGAAAAACACGACUGUUUACCUAGCUAGCUGGCUAGCAUCAGCCAGCUGACUUCAAUCACCUAGCAUGUUUCGGUUCUUGAAUGACGUUGAUGACGACCCCUACAUGAUCUUACCUUCACCCAUGGAUCCAUUUGCCGCUCACAGGCAGCAGAUGAGGAGUCUGUUUGGACCAUUUGGCAUGGAACCGUUUCCUCUUGCUCCCCAGAUGCAGCCACACCGCGCUCCACGCAGACAGGCUGGCGCUUUGACUCCCUUUGGGAUGAUGGGAAUGGGAGGAGGGUUCAUGGAUAUGUUUGGCAUGAUGGGAGAAAUGAUGGGAAACAUGGAGAGAAUGUCCGGUUCACCAAACUGUCAGACCUUUUCCUCUUCAACAGUCAUCUCCUAUUCCUCUUCAGACAUAGGGGCUCCUAAAGUUUAUCAGCAGACCAGUGAAACAAGAAGAGGCCCUGGAGGGAUCCGUGAGACUCGGCAGUCCAUGAGGGACAGCGAGAGCGGCCUGGAGCGUCUCGCCAUCGGCCACCACAUCGGGGAGCGUGCGCACAUAAUGGAGCGUUCACGAAAUCGCCGCACCGGAGACCGCGAGGAACGACAAGACUUCAUCAACCUCGAUGAGACCGAUGCUGCAGCGUUUGACGAGGAGUGGCGGACUCAGGCGGGAAGAUACGCUGCCCCAAAUGCCCGUGGAAUUGAAUACGGCCGAGAUCGACGCGCAGGAGGCCAACAGCUUGCUCUCACUGCCCCUCCCAGCUCAACGCCCCCUCCAGGUCAUCGACUCGAGUCACCUAGACACCGUCAACCCCAAACCCGCCCACGUUACGACUGGUGAGACGAUGUCCAACUUGACGAGGCGACCAGAUGGAAGGAGUUGAGGGAAGAUUUCCCCGAUGCUGUGAACCACGCUGAAGACGGAGGUUGAUGCUCGUCGCAACUGCCCGUCGUAAAUGUUUGAUAUGACUGGACUGUCUAUACAUGAGCAACAUAUUAUACACACACACACACAAAACAAAACCUCACACACUUGAUAGUCGCAUUUACAGUUCAGCUUCUAUACUGUUACACACACACACACACACACACACACACACACACACACACACAUCCUUGUGUAAACAGGAAUAAUUACACUCACUUUAUAUAUAAAUACUCAUUCUUAAAACUUGACAUUUGUCUUUGCCCACUGCACUAAAGUGCGACAGUAUACAGUACAUCUGCUGUACAGUCCAUUAUGUUAUGUUUGUGAAGACACUAGUGUGUCUGUGAAUUGAAUUGUAUACUGUUAACUAAUUAACUGAGUUCAUUAAACAUUGUUAGAUAAUUGCAAAA